UGGGAAAAUACAGUUUUUGUAAAGACAGUUUCUGCUUGAUAUAUGAUAGACAAAUUAAAAUAUCUAAAAUGUUUAUAUCGAUUAAAUGUUUACAAAAUGACUAAAAUGUUGAUAUUGGUCAAAUGUUGCUAUUUGUUAAAUGUUAUAAAAUUACUAAAAUGUGUAUAUUGGUUAUGUUAAAAUGGUUAUAAUAUUAAUAAUAAUCAUUAGAUGGAAUUAAAAAUUAUAAUUAACUUGUUUUAUUGUUAUGAUAUGUAUGCAUGUGAUUGGUUAUGCGUGUGUGUUUGCGUGGCCACGUACCUGCGUGCCUGUCGUCAUGCGCAGAUAGAGUGAACGUCCCGAGACGCGCUUUAUUCAGGAUAAAAGUACUGAAGAAGCAACACGUCUGUGAUUUUCUCUCUUCAUAUUUCUAUCUCUCCUUUCAGGAGUACUACAAUUUUGGAGGCACCGCUGGGAUGAUUGUUGGGUGGUCUGACUCCUUCACAGCGAGAACCACCCAGUUACAUUCAUCUCUUACCCAGACAUACAGCAGUGAGUCUGCAGUGUGAAGUGGAGUGACGAGGCUGAUUUAGUGGUGCGUGCGCUUGAGACACAGUGAGUUCAGAAGCGACGGCACCUGGGUUAGCGAGGUAACCACCACUUUCAACACUGCUAAAUACUGUAGAGAAAAAAAAAAGAGAAUGGAUGCGCUUCAAAGUCUUCAGGAGGAGAUAGGAGAAAAAUUAUGCACACUGUCAAGAGAGAAAUUAAUAGAACUCUGCUCUUUUUUACACAUCACGUCAGUGAAAGAUGUGACCCGCCUCUCGCUCAUAAGGUCUAUCAGCAGUCAUUUAUUGAGGAGUGAGCUGGAAGAACUAGAGGAUAGUGGCAUGGCAGAGUUAUGUUCUAUUUAUGAGAAGAUAAGUGACCUCACAGUGACCACUACAGACAGCCUGGAAAAACAGGUGGAGCCCGGACACGUCGAAAGAGACAUGAACACGGCACAGAGGCUAGUAAAAGAAGCUAGUGCUGUGACUGAGUCAUUUCAGGCCAUGCAUAUUAAUACUGCCAAUGCGCACACCACAUCAGUAGCUCAGGCAACAUCAGACAGGAGGCGGACAGACCCUUCAGAACUGUCCCAAAGACACAGCGCGCCAGUCAUUUGGCAUAAAGAGUUUAAAAUCUCAGGGUUGAUCGGUGAACCAGGCCAAAAGGACAGAUUAUCAUUCUCUAGUCUUGCUCGUCAAAUUGAGAGUGGGCUGGCCAAGGGAUACCCUGAACAGGAAAUCAUUGAUGCAGUAAUUAGAUCCAUUACACCUGGGCUUCAGCUGCGUAGCUAUCUCGAAGGGAAAGCUGGUUUAACUCUUCCUACUCUGAGACGCAUUCUCCGAUCCCAUUAUCAAGAAAAAAAUGCAACUGAAUUAUACAAACAAUUAACCACCGAGGGCCAGGGUAGCAAAGAGACCCCACAAAACUUCCUGAUACGUGCUCUUGACCUGAGACAAAAAAUUCUGUUUGCCUCACAAGAAGAUGACCCUGUGUUAGUGCAAAACAUGUUUUUGCAUUCAGUUUUAACAGGCUUGCAGAAUGACCGUGUUCAAGGCGACUUACAGCCGUAUCUAUCUGACACUGCGAUCUCCGAUGAAGUAUUGCUGGAAAAACUAAAUGUUGCAUGCUCUCGUGAGUCAGAGAGGCAAAACAAGCGGAAAACAACGCCAAGCCGUUGUUCACACCACCCAGCUAAAUGAACCCGUCC